GGUGAAUUUAUAUUUUCGAACUGUAAAGGCUCCGCGUGUCAGUGUUGGGAAAUGUCGGACUGCUUCCAGCGAAAGAUCGAAGUGCGGAGUCUCUCCGGCGAGAAGACAUUUGCUUCGGUUUCGUCGGACCUUAACGUUCAACAACUAAAGCUCAUUCUCAAGCAGACCUUUGUCCCUGCAUCUUCUUCCCCCAAUUUUCAUCUCUUUUUCAAGGGAACAAAAUUGGCACUAGAAAAUAGGUUAAGCAGCUAUUCACUUGGUGAUGGCGAUUUUUUGGUUCUUAUUCCUUUUGCAAAGAAGGAUAGAGACAAGCCAGAACAAUCUGCAGCACCCUCAGAUGUGUCAGGAUUCGCAACUUCAAAGCUAUCUGAGUCAACGUGGGCUGAUACUGUGGAAGACCUGUCAGUUUUGAGCAGUGCAUUUAGCUGCAAAAAUCAAAAUGAUGUUGAGUUAGAGAUUAAUUUGAAAAAAUGCAACAAAAAUUCCAACAUUCCGUCCUGUUCAUCGCAGAGAAAGCGCAAGCUAAAUUCCCCUGAUAUCAAGACACAAGUUCCUACUGAGGAGUUCAUUUUUGACAUACUGCAGUCAUCUAACAGUAGUAUAGAUGAACAGACAUCUAAGUUUGUUAUGAUUUUAGACUCAGUUAAUUGCUUAACUGAUCCGAGUUCAGGGAACUGCAUAUGCAUUGAAGCUCACAGACAGAACAGUGAAAUGGAUCCAUGUUCAGCCAAAAAUAAAUUGUGCAUGUGCCCAUCAUGGUUGAAACAUAAAAUGAAGUUAUUUUCUUUCAUAAAUGUAUACUAUGCUGUCAUUCAACUUCAAAGUGGACAAGUUACUGUGUACUCUCUGAAGAGAGCACUCGAUAAACUUGGCAAAUUUGGAUUCCAAGCCAGUAUAGUAGAUGUUGAGCAUCUCACUGACCUGUGUGCAAAGGUUAUAACGAUUGUUGACAAUUAUCAUGUGAUAAUGAAUUCUUCCAACCGCAUUGUUAUUCUCAAAACUUCAACUGAAGAGAGAGAUCAGCAUGAUGAUGCUAAAAAAUGUAUCUCACAAUCAAAGAUUGUCAACUCAAUGAAGAGAAGGCAAGAGUGCUUCAAUACAAGUCUCAUGAAGGCCUUAAGAUCAUUUGUGCUUGAAGAUGGGAUCAACUUUUCUACUUUAUCCUUGGAAUAUUUCAUUCUGUAUGUGAAGCAGUGCAGUGAGAAAAAGGGGAAACCAUCAGAUUCUCAUUCGUUUAAAGCACUUUGUCAUGAUACAAACCCCAUGCUUCCUGUCGAAAUGUUGGAACAUCUUAGGAGAUGCAUUGGAUCUAAAGGACAGGUUGUUCAUGUUGAAGAGAUCAAUGCUCGGAAUGCCACUUAUGUUGAGAUUCCAAGUGAACUUUCAGAACUUACAAAGGUUGCACUGAAAAAUAUUGGUAUUACUAGGUUAUAUAGCCACCAGGCUGAGUCGGUUCAGGCAUCUCUUGCCGGCAAAGAUGUAGUUGUGGCAACAUUGACAUCCAGUGGGAAAUCUCUUUGCUACCACCUUCCUGUUCUUGAAGUUCUAUCCUACAAUUCGUUAGCAUGUGCAAUAUACCUGUUCCCAACUAAGGCUCUUGCACAAGAUCAACUAAGAGCUUUAUUGGCCAUGACAAAUGAACUGGAUCAUAACAUAAACAUUGGCGUUUAUGAUGGAGACACUUCUCUGUCAGAUAGAACGUGGCAACGUGAAAACUCUAGACUGUUGAUCACAAAUCCAGACAUGUUACAUAUGUCUAUCUUGCCAUUUCAUGGGCAAUUCAGACGGAUCCUUUCUAAUUUAAGGUUUAUCAUUUUAGAUGAAGCACAUGCUUAUAAGGGCGCAUUUGGAUGUCAUACAGCCCUUAUUUUGAGAAGGCUUCGUCGGCUCUGCUCGCAUGUUUAUGGUAGCAAUCCUUCUUUUAUAUUUUCUACUGCCACUUCUGCAAACCCUGCUGACCACACCAAGGAGCUUGCAAAUUUGCCAGCAAUUGAGCUGAUUCAGAAUGAUGGUAGCCCUUCUGGUCCAAAAACAUUUGUGCUCUGGAAUCCUCCUGUGUGUCUCAGAACAGUUUCAAAGAGAAAUAAAAAGGGUACAAAUGCUAUCAACUCUACUGAUGGAUAUAGAAGUAUGGUUGCGGGAAGAUCAAGUCCUAUGGUGGAGGUAUCAUACAUUUUUGCUGAAAUGGUGCAGCAUGGGCUUCGUUGUAUUGCAUUUUGCAAAACGCGCAAACUUUGUGAGCUUGUCUUAAGCUACACACGCGAGAUACUUCAGGAAUCAGCACCUCACUUAGUCGAUGUUAUUUGUGCAUACCGAGCUGGCUAUGUUGCAGAGGAUAGGAGAAGGAUUGAGCACGACUUUUUUAGCGGUAAGAUGUGCGGUAUUGCUGCCACAAAUGCUCUUGAACUGGGAAUAGAUGUUGGACACAUUGAUGUGACUUUACAUCUAGGCUUUCCGGGUAGUAUAGCUAGCUUAUGGCAACAAGCUGGAAGAUCAGGAAGAAGGGGAAAUCCAUCAAUCGCUAUCUAUGUAGCUUUUGGAGGGCCAUUGGAUCAAUAUUUCAUGAAGCUCCCAAACAAACUUUUCCAGAGUCCAGUUGAGUGUUGUCAUAUUGAUGCCAAUAACCCACAGGUGCUCGAACAACAUCUGGCAUGUGCUGCUUUCGAACACCCACUAAGCCUGCAUCACGACAAGAAGUAUUUUGGUCCUGGACUGGAAGGUGCAGUAAUGACACUAAAAGAUAAGGGAUAUCUGGGUACUGAUGUGUCACGUGAUUGUAGUGCUAGAAUUUGGAGCUACAUCGGGCCUGAGAAAGUUCCCUCAAAUGCCGUAAAUGUUCGGGCAAUUGAAACAGGACGAUACCAAGUAAUUGAUAAACAGAAGAAUGAACUUCUAGAAGAAGUCGAAGAGAGUAGGGCAUUUUUCCAGGUUUAUGAAGGGGCUGUUUAUAUGAAUCAAGGAAAGACCUAUCUUGUGAAGGAAAUGGAUUUAUCAAGUAAAAUUGCUUGGUGCCAGGAAGCAGACUUGAAGUAUUACACAAAAACUCGUGACCUUACUGAUAUUCAUAUCACUGGGGGUAACAUUGCCUAUCCAGCUAGGAAUUUGAAUGUCCCAUUUGCAAGAACAACUGCACGAGCACAGGUUUGCAGAGUAACCACUACCUGGUUUGGUUUCCGCCGGUUAUGGAAAAAAAGCAACCAAGUUUUUGACACCGUUGAACUGUCACUUCCAAACUACUCUUAUGAAUCCCAGGCUGUUUGGGUUCCAGUCUCUGUGAUGAUAAAGAAAACAGUUGAGGCCUUAAAUUAUUCAUUUCGAGGAGGUUUACACGCUGCUUGUCAUGCUGUUCUUAAUGUAGUUCCUUUGUUUGUGAUUUGCAAUACAUCUGACAUAGCUUCGGAGUGCGUAAACCCUAAUGACUCCCGUUAUGUUCCAGAAAGAAUUUUACUUUAUGAUCCACGUCCUGGAGGAACUGGGAUUGCAGCACAGAUGCAACCCUUAUUUACUGAGCUUCUGACUGCUGCCUUGGAACUUCUCACAUCAUGUCAUUGCUCUGGUGAUGCUGGUUGCCCCAACUGUAUACAAAAUAUUAUUUGUGAAGAAUAUAAUGAGAUUCUUCACAAGGAUGCAGCUAUAAUCAUACUUAAGGGUGUUAUCCAAGCAGAACAAGUCUGUCCUUAGCAAAUGUGUUUUGCCGAAUCACCAACAAAUGAUUAAUCAAAUUUGCUACUCUGGGAUUGCUGGAUAGAGUUGAAAUUCACAUGUCAGCUCAUUUUCGAGUACUUGCGUUGAGUUAGGCUAGUAUUGUAAGGCAUAAUAUAACCCUAGUGCAUUGGAAUGGAAUCUUCAUACCAUGGUUGUGCGUGGUUUCUUAAGCAUUAACCAUUUGCCAUGUAAUGAUCUUUAUAUUAUUAUUAUGUCUGUUUACGUAUAUAUACAGUUAUGAUAUGUAAUCAAUUAAUUCAAUUGAUAUUUGUUGCGUAGUACUAUGUUAGUACUUAUAUGAUCUAAAAGUAUAAGUGUCA